AUGGUCAAGUAUGACAUUCCCACUCUGCUGGCACUCAGCCACCGCGGACGGAUAGAUUUCAGCAAAUUUACUGAGCAGGCCGUUGGAAAUAACGUCCUUCGACAACGCAAAACCAGUACGAGUGUCUUGUCGGAGCAACCAGUCAACAGGUCAAGGAAUGCCUCAAACUUGUCACGCCAGAGCGAACGAACUCUUUCAGUUCCAGAGCACGCUGUAAUUUAUCCCUCUCGGCAGCCAAGUGACCCUCCACAGAGCAUCCGCGCACACGCCGAUGCCGGGUUUGUUCAGUUUCUAAAGGAGCAUACAUCCCCGAAGCACCAGCGUGUCACCGCUGGAGGCCGAAUCGUUCCAAUGGAACCACAGUCCCCUACCCCCAAGGCGAAGCAGCCGGUGCGCAACAUAAGUGCAAGAGCCAGUGAUCAGAAGAUAUCUAAGCCUUCAUUGCGAGAUGACACUAAAACCAAACGCGAAAAUAAACAUGUGCUGUUGCAAGACAACAACGCAAGUGUUAAUAUUUCUAUAGCUGCACCGCAGCCUGCUGAAAGUCACGACGAUAUACGUACCAUACUGCCUCAAAACGGUAGUGCAAUUGACCAGCACUUCUCAAACUAUGGACAAGCACCGACUCUUCUGUCUACGGCAGCUACCACAGGGCUGUUCUCCCAACCCAGUCUUCCAUGGGCCAUGAGUGACCUACCAAUGCCUCAAAUCGCCUUACCAGCCCCGGAAGCUAUACCAGCGGCCUCGGACUACCCUAUGUAUGCCUUUGGAGAUGGUCCAUUAUCGUGGGCUUCAAACCUGUAUCCUACCCUGGGUACUCAAGGCCCCGUAAUUCCUUCCAUACCAGCAGUCCAGCCAUAUCCUACUCUUAACACGACUUCUGACUUUUCCGCGGAAAGCAAUACAAGUAGCGGCAGGGCGACCUCAUUUCUUGGUCAGCUUCCACCUACCUAUGACUCUCUUUGCCCUUCUCUGGGCCCUCAAUGGCAUCAAUAUGCAGGUGGACAAGUCCCAGCUCUUGAUCAACCAAUGAUAGUUAGCACUCCUCAAACACCGACGUACCAGAAGUCUUUGGAAGAUGCUGCAAAGGAGCAUGAGUCUCUUACCAGUAAGCUAUCCGGUAUUGAUAGGUAUAUGGCUGUGCACAGUUGGGAUCUCGACCCAAGUGCCAAAAAGAUUCUAGUUGACCAGCGAAUGAGUUUGGUGAGAGAAUUGGAUGCGGUUAGAAUAUACAGAGAACAUCUCGAAUGGGUUUCUGGAAGAUUGAGCACAACGAUCCCAAUCAGGCAACAUCCCUCGAACGUCGCUUCAAUGUAUGUCGCCAGCGGCCUCACAGGUAGUCCAUCUCUAAUGGGACCUUCGCUGUGCACACCCAGCUCCGCUUCUGCGCUUCCAGCUUUUUCGAUGCUGCCACUAGCAAACGCCCUUUCGCAGUCGCUCUCUCUCAAUGAGACAGUUAACGCAUCAAUGCCACUAAAUGCUGUAUCUGAUACCUACCCAUACAAUGCGACGAUCGGCUCAACAGAGGUACGUCCAAACCAUAACUCGAUCAAGGAUGCUAGCUUUUCGCAUGCCGCACGAGGAGUUGAGAUACGGAUCGAACCCAAGAGGUCAGACAAACAGGUCCAGACACAUGGCGAGGCCAAAUCGAGAACUACUGACGGAACUGCUGGAUGGAAAACACCUACGAAGAUAACCGCUUUGGACGUUGAAAAGGUGCAUCAUCAAAUUGAGGAGGCCACUCGCCGAGGCGAACCAGUCGAUGGGCUUCUUCGGGAACUAUCAGCCGCUACUUCCAAAUUGAUUAAACAAAGGCGAAAUGAACUUCAUGAGCCGCGCGGGUUGCUGUCAGCCGUGCCUGCUAAGCACAACCGCAAGAAUCGCGCGGGAAGUGAGGCGGGUGCCGUCAAGGGACUACUAGACAAGCAUGAAGCUCAUGCACCUCUGAUGCGACACUCAACCAAGGCCUGGAAGCCUGGGAAGGAGCUGCGAAGGCCUGGACUGCACAGCGCAAUGGGCCCGUACAUGAGUGCGAAAGAGAUGGAAGAGGGUGAUGACCAUCAAUCUAUAUCGUCGUAUGUGUCAACGACGGACUCAUGGGCUACCGUUCAUCAAGGAGAGCGUCGACGUGACAAAAAGCUACGGAAAAUCAAAGAAAAACGGGCGAAUCGAGAGAUGGCCGAAAGCAGAUCCCGUGGUCCACUUGAGCAUCCCCAUGUAUCGAAUGAAGCCUUUCUACCAGGUCCUCAACGUUCUCGAGGGCAGAACUUGGGCCAGCCAGGAGGACCAUCGAUAUACAAGCCACGCAGCCCCCCAACAUUGGUAAACCCGACUGACCCGGCGAGGCAGACCAGCGUGGAGGAAAUAAGACAGCGGUAUCCCCAGCUUCUGACGCAGUAUUUCAACAAGGACCGUGGUCUAGCCUUUCAGAAAACGGCUGCCUUGGCUGUCUCGCAGAAUGUUAAUGCACAUGGAUUUCUGCCCCCUUUCGAAGGCGUAGGGAAUGCACCUAGUAAGAACAGGAGUGCACCAACGGACAUGACCGAAGGUGGAAUGUAUCUACUCAGCGGAAAGAUGUCGAACUCGAAGCAGCAGGAUGGUCCCGGACAAAGAGGCAAAGAGGCCCCUGGACCAGCCAGGCAAGCUGGAAAGCCGUGA